AUUUUCAAUGUAAAUAUUUUUCCCUAGUUGGUAAUUUUUUUCAUUUACAUUUAUCUUUUCUUUUUAUUAGUUGUCAAUGGAAAAGAUCCGAAUCUACUUAUAAGAACAUUCCAACAAAUAAUUCGCAUCACUUUCCCCUUCAAAAAUCCUUCAUAUAAAAAUUCCAAGAAUAAUUCCAAGCAUACAUCCUUUAAAAACUCUCCUCUCCCCAUCUCCAUCUUCAGUUGCCAAAUCAAUUUUGGACCAACUCCAACUCCAAAACAAAACCAAAACCCUUCAAUAUUUUCACAUUUAACGGUCAAAUUUCACUCCAAGAUUCAAAAUUUAAUCCUUUUAAUCUUUAUAGAUGGUGAUGUCGGUUGUUUCACCGAAAAGAUCAUCUUUAAGCACAGUAUUUUCAAGAGUCGGAGGGUAUUAUCAUGGAAGUAACAGCAACAAAAGAUCAUGUUCUCUGUAUUCUUCUUCUUCUUCAAUGGUGUAUGAUGUAAUGGAAGAUGAAGAUGAAGAUGAAACAAUGGAGAUGGUUCAACUUGGAGCUGAUAGAACUAAGAAUGUGUUGAUUUUGAUGAGUGAUACUGGUGGUGGUCAUAGAGCCUCUGCUGAAGCCAUUAGAGAUGCUUUCAAAUUAGAGUUUGGUGAUCAAUAUAAUAUAAUUAUAAAGGAUGUAUGGAAAGAGUAUACUGGUUGGCCAUUGAAUGACAUGGAAAGACAAUACAAGUUCAUGGUGAAGCAUGUACAACUUUGGAACCUUGCAUUUCAUAGUACUUCACCUAAGUGGAUUCACUCCAUUUACCUUGCUGCUAUUGCUGCCUUCUAUGCUAAGGAAGUGGAAGCUGGAUUAAUGGAAUACAAGCCGGAUAUAAUAAUCAGUGUUCAUCCUCUAAUGCAACAUAUACCAUUGUUGGUUCUAAAGUGGCAAAGACUUCAGAAGAAAGUGAUCUUUGUUACUGUUAUCACUGAUCUCAAUUCUUGCCAUAGAACUUGGUUUCAUCCUGGUGUGAAUAGAUUGUAUUGUCCUUCAAGGGAAGUUGCCAAAAGGGCUUCUUUAGAUGGCCUUGAAGACUCUCAAAUUCAAGUUUUCGGCUUGCCUGUUAGGCCUUCCUUUGCUCGCGCAAUUCUCUCUAAGGAUGAUUUAAGAGUAGAGCUUGAGAUGGACCCAAAUUUACCAGCAGUUUUACUAAUGGGAGGAGGUGAAGGCAUGGGUCCAGUAAAGAAGACUGCCAUGGAACUUGGAGAAUCAUUGUUUGACAAAUGCCUUAACAAACCAAUUGGUCAAUUGAUUGUUAUAUGUGGUCGUAAUAGAUCACUUGCUUCUACACUUGAAUCAAUGGACUGGAAAAUUCUUGUUAAGGUAAGAGGAUUUGAGAAACAGAUGGAGAAAUGGAUGGGAGCUUGUGAUUGUAUUAUUACAAAGGCAGGACCAGGAACAAUAGCAGAAGCAUUAAUCAGAGGACUUCCAAUCAUCCUUAACGACUACAUUCCUGGCCAAGAGAAAGGGAAUGUACCGUAUGUGGUUGAGAAUGGUGCGGGUGUGUUUACACGUAGCCCUAAGGAAACAGCGAGAAUAGUUGCAGAAUGGUUCAGUACGAACAGCGAUGAGCUGAAGAAAAAGUCGGAGAAUGCCCUGAAGUUGGCUAAACCUGAAGCUGUGUUUGAGAUUGUUAGGGAUAUUCAUGAACUUGCUGCCCAAAGAGGGCCUCUAGCUAACUUUCCUUACAUGCUAACUUCCUCUCUUGCAAACUUAAUUUAAUUCCGAUGGACUAUAUAACAUAUCACGAGGCUCGAUAUGCCAGCAAGUUAAAGUUUUUAUUGGGUUGGUUCAUUGACAAGGUAGUUACGGAUUCGAAAUUAAGCUAUCUCUUAAAAGAAAAACCAAUUCUUUGGAAUAUUAAAGGUUUUUUUGUAGAAAUAAGUCAAUAUGUACAUGUAGUUAUUAGUAAAACAAAAAUUCAUUGUUUUAGCCCUUAAAGAUCAAUCAAUCAAUAUGUGUAAAAAAAUUGAAAAGAAUUAAUAAAAAUUAUGUGGUGUAGUUUUAGUUAGUGGGAGUUAUGAUUCUAAUUAAUUAGGACAUAAUUAAAGUCUUAAUGUCCUUAAAAGAUUUAGGAUAUUUUAGGUUGCUUAGUUGAAGGAUUGGAUAUGGGUAUUGACUAUUUUCUAGUAAUGUCCAUUAUUUUUCAUUUGAUUGUGUUUUCAUUUUCUGUUUUGAAUUUUGUACAAGAUGUAAUCAAGGGUGAAUAUAUUGAUUUAAGUUUGGUUUUUAAUCUUUGUUAGUCCUUUCUGAAUAGUUGAUGUUUUUUUAGACA